AUGAAAGCCGCCAUUGUCGAAUCCGAGGGCUCUGCCCCACAGUACGGCGACAUUGCCGCACCCACUCCCACCGGCGACCAAGUCGUGGUCAACGUGACCGCAGCCGCCCUGUCCAACCUAACCAAAAUGCGCGCUGCGGGGACCCAUUACUCGGCCUCGACCCCGUUUCCCUUCGUGCCCGGUUUUGACGGUGUGGGCAAACACAAUGGCGAGCGGGUUUACUUUGCUUUCCCAGACGGCCAGUACGGCGCGCUUGCCGAGCAGGCCCUGGUGAAUCGCGCUUUCCUCCGUCCCAUCCCCGCCGACCUCGACGACGCGACCGCCGCAGCCAUCGCCAAUCCGGGCAUGUCGGCGUGGGCGUCGAUGGUGCACCGCGCCCACCUGCAACCUGGCGAGACCGUCUUAGUCAACGGAGCGACUGGAACAGCAGGCCGGAUCUGCGUGCAGCUAGCCAAGCUCCUUGGCGCCAGCAAGGUCAUUGCGACCGCCCGCAACGUCAAGGAACUCGAACAAGUUAAAGCGCUCGGCGCCGACGUGGUUAUUCCCUUGGAUCUUCCUGGAUCCGAAGACGCGUUCAAGGCCGCCAUCGUGGCCGAGUACAAGAACGGAGUCGACGUCAUCGUCGAUUACCUCUACGGCCCCUCUGCUUCCAUCAUCCUCUCGGCUAUUCCUGGAAAUUUGGAGGACGGACACCGCGUCCGCUUUGUCAAUGUCGGCACGUCUGGUGGAGUCAGCGAGAUUCCCAUUUCGGCGGCACUCCUCCGCUCGUCGGCGCUCGAGAUGAUGGGGUCGGGGCUUAGUUCUAUCCCGACGUCGGUGCUCCUCGAUUCUAUUGAGGAGGUGUUCAAGAUCGCAGGUAAGAUCAAGCUCGCCGACGACGACGUCCAGCUGCCCCUGGCCGACAUUUCCAAGGCUUGGGCGCAGAAGGGGGCCAAGCCGCGUAUUGUUAUUACCAUGUAG